UGGUUCUGUUCAGGACGCCGAAGUGUCUGGAAAAACCGUCAUUUUUAGUCGCUAAACGCUGCCAACCUGUCGCAGCUGACAUUUUCGUCUCCGUCUUUAAUCAGUCGAUAAAUAAACGGAGUUGUGUGUGUGAGCUAGCUAAACCGCGUCAAGUUUUCCACUAUUUAAAUAACCGGACGGUCGAUCUUAACGUCUGCGUAGCUACGUCGUCGCGAGCUGCUGCUCGCUGAGCCGUGCCGUUCGGUACAGUAACGUUAGCAUUCAGGGCUACAGUCGCAUUAGCGUCGUUUCUCCCCUCUGGUUGCUCGUCCAGCGCCUCCUUACAUCCACGAACCGUGAAUUCACGGUGUGCCAGACAUGUGUGGUCAUCCAUGUCAAUGACGCGUGAGCUCCAGCGGCGCUGCUGAAGGCCGCGAGCCCGGCACCGCGCUCGCGGCUUCAGCCUGCUUACACGGAAACCUCCGGGGGGAGCGCUGGAAGCCAGUUCAUAACGUCCCGGCUCCACGAAUGGUUGAAAGAAAGAAGGAAAAACUGGGAGGAAAGAUCAUCAUAAUAACGCUCUAUCAGCAGAGAACAAGAUGUCAGCCAGAGGAGGAAAGAAGAAGGCCACCAAACUGUCCCGAUCGUCCAGAGCAGGCGUCAUCUUCCCUGUGGGGAGGAUGAUGAGGUACCUGCGCACCGGUACACACAAAUACCGCAUUGGCAUGGGGGCGCCCGUCUACAUGGCAGCCGUCAUCGAGUACCUGGCAGCUGAGAUCUUGGAGCUGGCAGGAAAUGCAGCUCGAGACAACAAGAAAGGCAGAAUAACUCCCAGACACAUCAAGCUGGCAGUGGCCAAUGACGAGGAGCUGAACCAGCUUCUCAGAGGAGUUACCAUUUCAAAUGGAGGAGUUCUUCCUCGGAUCCAUCCAGAACUUCUCUCCAAGAAGAGAGGAGGCCGGGUAAAAGUGGACAGCCAGGCGUCCGUCCCCGAGAAGCAGGAGGAGCGCUUGAAAAGCAAGAAGCCCGUUAAGCCCUUCAAAAAGGUUAAAGGCAAACGAGGCCGCAAGCCAAAGAGCUUAGACAACAAUAAAGAGUCUGCUCCCAGCUCCGCCAUGGAGGACGGACCUGGAGAUGGAUUCACCAUCCUGUCGGCAAAGAGCCUGUUCCUCGGACAGAAGCUUUCACUAACAGAGAGCGAAGUCAGCAAGAUCGGAUCCAUCAAGGUGGAGGGAAUCAUUAACCCGACAAACGCAGAGAUGGACCUCAAAGAUGGAGUGGGCAAUGCGCUGGAGAAAGCUGGAGGCAGGGAAUUCCUGGAGGGAGUUAAGGAGCUGCGGAAAGCACAGGGGCCUCUGGAGGUGGCAUCAGUGGCCGUGAGCCAGGCCAGCGGGAUGGCAGCCCGCUUCGUCAUCCACUGCAACAUCCCACAGUGGGGCUCAGAGAAGUGCGAGGACCAGCUGGAGAAGACGGUGAAGAACUGCCUCACAGCAGCCGAGGACAAGAAGCUCAAGUCCGUGGCUUUCCCGUCACUCCCGGCUGGACGGAACGGCUUUCCGAAGCAAACGGCCGCUCAGCUCAUCCUCAAGGCCAUCUCCAACCACUUUGUGUCGUCCACCAGCUCCUCUCUGAAGAACAUUUACUUCGUGCUGUUUGACAGUGAGAGCAUUGGGAUUUAUCUUCAGGAAAUGGCCAAGCUGGACAGCAAAUGAGGAUUCCUGCUUUCUGGGAGGCUGUUUUUCUAAGCGAUGCUGGUGUCGGUAGGUGAUCCAGCUGUAGGGCUUACGUUGUGGAGUCUGUCUUUGAUGAAGAGGGAAACAGUAUUUGUGAGUGGAGUGCUGUUCACAUCUGUGUGUCACUGUCCCUUCAACAAAUUGCUUUUCUUUCCAGAUUAGAUCCUUUAAGUUCUUCCAGUUUGCUCGUUUUAAUGUUUUUACAUUUCAUGUAUGAAUACAGUAGAAGAGUUUUUUCUUGGCCUCUGUAGUUUCUGAUAGUUUACUAAAAAACGUGGUUCUCAUUCUGCUUUGAAAUAAAACUCAGAUGUUUUA